GGACCCGGGGCGCAAGCGGCCAGGCUGGCCAGGCAGGAGCGGGCCGGGCUCCGAGUGUCAGCAAGGGCUAAGUGACGAGGAAAUCGGGGGUCGGGGGUCGGAACGGGCUGGGGAUGUCGCAGGGGGAGGGUUCUCACGCCGCACGGGGCGGAGCCCCGGCAGCCGGGGCGGGAUUCGGAACUAGGAGGGGCGGGGCUUCUGAGCUGGUGCCGGCGGGAGGCGGAGCUCUGGUCCAGGGGGCGGAGCCAUCGGAGGUGGGUCUGGAGCCGGAAGGAGGCGGGGCUUCGGGGACUGACGGCGAGGACAGCCGGGCGCUGGAGGCGGGGCUUCAGCCGGGGAGUGGCGUGGCUGCGGCUCAGGAAAAGGUGUUUGUCCCGCCCAGGGGCGGGGCCUCAGCGCUGCGGGGGGGACCACGCCUUCUGGAGGGCGGGGCCAAGGAGUCCGGCCCGGGGCUAGGCCCAGGUAAUGGUCCGGCGCGCCCGCGCGGGGGCGGGCUCCGCGGGGGCGGGGCCUGGGGACGCGGUAGGCCGAGAACGCCCCCAGGAGAGGUGGUGUGGGUGGAGAGGGCCAGGAGGCCGCCGGACACGGGGCCGGUCUGGGUGCCCCGGCGACCCCCUAGAGCUCAGAGCUGGGGCGGAGUCCCGGGCGGAGGCACAGGACCUGCCUGGGGGGUCUCCUCGGAAGACCGGGGUUCUCCGGAACCACCCAGCGGCGAUGUGUGGGUGCCGCGGGGCCGGCCCCCCGCAGCGGCGGCCGAGGUGUGGGUGUGCUGGGCGGGAGGCAACUGGGUGUGGCGUGAGUGGGGCCGCCCGGUCGGGGCUUCUGUGGUGCAGCCAGAGAGGGUGUGGACUCUGCGUAAGGGGACGGGUGGCAAUUGAAAAGAGCUGGGGAGGGAAGGACGGUCUGGGGGUGGGCAAAGGGGCGGGGUCCUGGCUGCUGUGGCCUCCCCUGACCCCCUUCCCUCGCCGCUGGGGUCCUCGGGCAAGCCCCCUUCUCACU